GUUCUUUCUGCCAUUGUUGCGUUGUAGAGAUAAAGCGCACGGGCAGCGACAUUCGGAUGACCUCCGCGCAGCCUCCAAGCGCCAAGUCCUGGCAAUAUGCAUCGACGUGCUACAGUUGUCGACGGCCGUUUAGCUUGCUCUUCAGUCGACAUCACUGCCGCAACUGCGGAUACUCAGUGUGCGGCGCACACUCCAAAUACAAAGCGGAGCUGGUGCACUUGCAAGGUCCCCAGCGCGUGUGCAAUUCCUGCCACAGGGUCUUGUUGGCUUCCAAGCCAUCGCCGCAGCAGAAGUCGUUUGUUAAGCGAAAGGUGCCUUCCCGUCGACUACUAACGCGGUCAAUGCGAUUGCACCCUUGGGAAGUCGCUCGGGAACCCAAGAAGAGGUUUCAAUGGGAUCGCGACCUCUCAUUGGACCCUGCCGCGUCGCUAAAGCAGCGCCGACGGGCGCCAACCGAGAUCACGACGAUAAAUUCGUCCUUCCCACGGAGCUCCACCGAUUCCAUGGCAUGGGGCCAGUCCAUGCAUUUCCACAGCACACCUAAGGCAAAACACCAUAAAGUUCCUCCAAGCUCAGUUGAUGACACCGAAGAUGAUGCUUUCGUCUGGCGUCUCCCAAGUCCCCCACACCAUAGGAACAACUUGUCCAAAUCCCAACUCAACGGUCCAGUACCUGUCGAACAUAUCACACUGAUGAUCAAGACCCAGGAGUCUCCACGACGCCAUCAUAACUCCUAUCUAUCGUCGGAUUCCACUGCACAAUCGAGCCAGUAUCCCAUGGACCCCCCUACAUGCGUCCCCGUGUCUGAGGGGCGACCGUCACUCUCUGUACAAAAGGCCAGCUCUGGCGAUAUGGACUUGGCUGGCCUCACAUCCGUCAUGGCCUUGUCGAAGCAAAAGCAAACGCUGCAGGAAGAUAUCCAACACCUGCAUGCCCAGCUAGCCCAAUGCAAAGCAGAUACCAAGCGCAUGUAUCGGCGGAAGGUUCGCACUCGCCGCCAUAUCGUAUCGGCCAUGGCCUAUGUGACCGAAGGCGAGUACUUUCUGGCUCAACUGGACUUGAAAAGGGCAUUGGCGCUCAACGAUCAGUGCAUCAUGACGUGGCACGUUCUAGCAGAGUGUUUACUCCGGUGUCACUGGCCGGACGAAGCGGCGUUGGCAUGCAGUGUCGGCCUCGAGCUCGUGCGCGCCCCCGGAACAGUGGCAUUGCUAGGACGCAUUCGAUUGGCCCAACGACGGCUUGACGACGCGAUCGCUUGUUUCCACGAAGCCCUCAAGUAAUGGGAUGGCGGCGCAAAUGACAUUAUUAUUAUUAUUAUAACAGCACACAGCCGACGCGUGUUAUUCGCGCUGGUUGUCCACGUUAUUCAUCCACUGCAUCGUUCGUUCGUACACCAAAAACGUCACCGCGCUCACAGGAAAUGCUCGCGCGACUGUCGCGCCAAAGCCUUUGAGCAGGAAGCGCGGCCCUUCCAUCUUGAGCUGGGCCCGAACAAGGUCGGAAGUGGACCCACGGGGACGACUCUGCACCAACGACUUGACCACGUCGAUGGGAUGGGUGGUCAUCCAAGAGAGGGAGCCAGCGAUGCCUCCAGCCAGGAGGAGGUUGAACGUGGUUUCGUUGGCUUCGUCUCCGCCUGUCAACGCUUGCUUCAUGACGUCGUACGCAAAGAAAUACGACCCAAAUGCGGGAACGUCGCGCAGCAUAGUGAGUUGCCAUCCGCGAUACAGGCCUCUGUAGAUGCCAUGCUGUCGUGCCAGAUGUCGAGCACAUGCUAGCGCACUCUGUUUCGAUGCUGUCGUGUUCACUUGCAUGGUGAUCUUGACCAACUCGGCAGGAGCAGCAAAAAUGACUUGGAACAGGCCAGCAAAGGACCCUGCGACGCACUGCUGCGCCGGUGUCAAUGGCUCGUUCGUGGAGGUUGCAAUCACGCGAGACACUUGCCCAUAUACGGCAAACACCACUGCAUUGAUAGGAGCGUUGGAUAAGAUGGGUGAGAGGAUGCCUUUGUAGAGACCUGUCACACCUUCCGACUGAACGAUCGACCUGAACGUGUUCACGAUGCUGCUGCUCUGCGCUUGUGUUUGUAGCCGAACCUUUAUCGUGUCGAGGGGGUGUCCUGCAAUGAUGCCAGAGACACCGCCUAUCGUGCCAGCAUUCAAGUCUUUGACCACGUCCACCCACUCCAUUGCAAAUGGUGAAUGUGGCCAACCGUGAC